AUGCAGAGACCCACCGGCCAGGGCGCCGCCUUCUCCAUCGACUCGCUGAUCGGGCACUCGCCGCCCGCGCCGCGCUCCGGCCCGCUGCUCUACACCGGCUACCCCAUGUUCAUGCCCUACCGGCCGCUGGUGCUCCCCCACGGGCCCCUGCAGACGGCCGCUGGCCUCCCUCCGCUGGCGCCGCUGGCCUCCUUCGCCGGCCGCCUCACCAACUCCUUCUGCGCCAGCCUCGGCCAAGCUGUCCCGUCCAUGGUGGCGCUCACCACCGCGCUGCCCAGCUUCGGCGAGCCCCCCGACGGCUUCUACCCGGCGCAGGAGCUGCCGGCCGCCGGCCGAGGCAACGCAGAGCCGCCCUGCCGCCGCCGGAGCGCCCCUGACGGCGUGGAGAGCGACGAGCUGCCCCCGGGACGGGACAAAGGGCCGCCGGAGCCGCCCCUCCACUUCCCGGAGCCCUUCCCGGGCCUGGCAGGUAGGCGGGCGGGCGGGCGGAGGGAAGGGGCCCCGGUCGCCCUCCGAGCGGGACUGCCAGAGGCGCAGAAACGUCCUGUGGGGCGGGAGGGCGGCAAAGUGAGGAGGAGGCUGCCGGAGGGAGUUGAGAGAACUUUUUUCGGAAGGGGAAAGUUUCCUUCCAAGCGUUUGGGGCAAAGAAGGAAGGAUGAACAAAAGUUCGCUCACGUCCGGGCCGGAGCAGGACCUUUCCCCGAACCCCCCAACCAAUCCGGUAGUAAUUCCAUCGGCCCCCUAAACGCAGGAACACAUUGCAACAACACCCCCUUAGGCUCUGGGACUUUUAGGCCAGGCAUGUGGUGGUCCUGCUGAGAACCCCCCCGAACUUCCGGGGUGGAACUUUGAUUCAGGAUCUCACUUGGGGAGUCCUUUCGUCCCCCCCCCCCCCGUGGGAGUUUCACUUGUGGUCCAGCAAAGGCGCCAAACAUGCUCACGGAAGAUAUUGAAGGGGGCGCGCGCUAGGGAAAGUAUUUUCCAUCACACACACAGACAAAUCAAGCCAGCCAAACUGGUGCAGUCAGGGGCCAUCUGUGUCAGUAGUGGAGCUCCCACCCUCUCUCUCUCUGUGUGUGUGUGUCAGGGGGGCAAGGGAUUCCACGCUGUGGGGUGGACGCAUCGGCUUGGGGGUCCCCCUCUUCCCACCCUUCUGCGAAGUAUACCCGGGCAGCGAGGGCGCGGAGUCCUGGGAAGGAGCGCGGUCCGCUGGACACCCCCGCAAAGAACUGUCCUCGGUGCUGGGACUUCUGCGAGCCGGCUUGGCAGGGGGGCGGCGGAGACCUGGCACUGACCCACCUGCAGGUGAUCGUGGAGGCGCCUUUUGUGCCCCGCGGCACCUGGGGGGGGGGCGCGAAUAGCAGCAGAAAGGCCGCCUCGAAGGACACCCAGGAACUGGGAUCGGGCGACUGAGAACCCGCGGCCGGCGGUGGUGCGCGUUGGGGGAAGAAAGCGGCGCCGGGUCCACUCCCUGAUCUGCCUCCUCUUCGGCCGCGGGGAGCAGGCGUCCCCUCGCCCUGCGCCCUGUCUGGCUUCUUCCGCAAAGGCACCCCGACGCCCGCGCGGGAGGUUGGCGCCCCCGAGCAGGACGGAGCGCGCAGGGAGCGCCGGUGCAGCCGCGGCUUCUGCCUCCCGGUUCGAAGGGGCGUCCACAGGUUUCCUCACUCACUCACUGCCGCCUCAGCCUCCCCCUCAGUUCCUCCGGUAGCAUCUGUCCUCCGGAGCGACACCCCUUUGCCAUCCAGCCUUUUCGGGGCCCCGGAAUCCGAAUUCUCUGCCGCUGACCAGCUGAUCCCUGUGGCCCUGGCAGUGGGCAGCCUGGCUUUCAGAAAAAGCGUGAAUCAAAUCACUUUAAAGAGAGAAGCGUCGCAACUCAGUCCUAGACACGUUUACUCAGAAGUCAGUCUCAUUACGCUUAAUUGGACUUACUCCCACUUAAGUGCCUGUAGAACUGCAAUCUCCUUCCAAUUGCAGCAAACUUGGGUAACCCGUGGCAAGAGGUUUCCUCUCGGGGAGGCCCGGCUUUCUGCCUUCUUCGCUUUCAGAGGGAAGCUUGAAGACCCCCCAGGAGGGCCUCAAUCCCGGCUGAGAUCCUUCGCCUUCAGGAAGCUUCAGGCUGCUGCCAUAGUUAUUUUAUUUGAUUUCUUAAAUUUGUAUACCGCCUUUCACCCGAAGAUCACGGGGCGGUUCACAACAUCAAUACAUUUCAAGCACAUCUCUGCCCCCAAGAAUAUUGGGAACUGUAGUUUCCCUCUCUCAGAGCUAGAAUUCCCAGCACCCUGAACAAAAUACAGUUCCCGGGAUUCUUGUUAGGGUGCUUUGAAUUGAUGGUAUGCCUUUACCUGGAAGUAAGCCCUCGUGGAAAUAAAUGGGACUUGCUUCUGAGUCGACGGGUGCAGGAUUGCUUCUGGGGCCUGCAGCUUAUUAAUCGAGGACUGGGUCCGUUUUAGUGGCUGGGGUUUCCCCAACGCCAGGCAACUGAAGGGCCUGGGAUUUUACCUUCCCAGAAACGCCUCCUUGGUUUUGGCCCCUUCGCCGCGCGGGAGAAAGCGAGGGAGCCCCGGGUGGCGUGGGCUUUCACCACCAGCGCAGGGAUUCUCUCAGCUUCCAAAAGGACGCUCAUAUCGAGGUUUGGGUGAAUUUAUUUGAUUUUUUAAAUAUUUUUCGAUUAAUCAACUGAAAAUAUUUAGUUGGGUCAAGCCCUCCUCUGUAUUGCGAAAACCCAGAAAUGAGGAACGCCUCUCCGUUGACACCGGGGCCCCUUCCUUCCUUCCUUCCUUCCUUCCUUCCUUCCUUCCUUCCUUCCUUCCUUCCUUCCUUCUUCCCAGAGCUUUCCUGCCCACGCCAUUUCUGUGCCAGGCGCACCAGCGGGUACCAUUUCCCCUGCUUAUAAUUGUAGCGUUGGAAGUGACCGCAAAAGCCAUCUAGUCCAGCCCUCUGCGGUGCAGGAAUCUCAGCUAAAGCAGACCGAUAUCCAACUUCUGCUUGUCUCAUGGAAACUUCUCUGGGCCUUGAAAGGCAGCUGGACAUGGCUGAGCGGCAGCGGCGGGGGCUCCCUCCGUCCUUUUGGCAUGGAGGGGUCCAAAGGCAGCGGCAACAUAUUUAUUCAGAAAUUCAUUUGUAUACCGCUUUAAAAAAAACCCACAGCGGCAAAUAAAUGUAUGUGUGUCUUUACAUUUAUUUAAAAAAUAAUAAUAACACGUGUCAAUAAAGAAUUCACCUGGCCCUCUCUUCCGGGGCUGCGGCUCAUCUUGGGCAAGGCCAGCUUCCCGAAGGCGAAAAGUUCUCCUCCCGCAAAGCGGUUUCGCAGGCCCCACAACUAGAGAGGGGCGCUGAUCAAGCAGUGCGAGGCCUAGGAGACGGUGAGCCAUGGGGCGUAGGGGGGAUUCGUUGUCCUGGGGGUGCUGGGGGGGUCAUCCGUCCACCCUGCUUCCCUUUCCCCUCAAAAUCGCCGGACUGUCGCUCCCCAGAGUAAAACGGAGUGACCGAGGUGGCUUUACCAGGGAGUCACGGGAAGGACUCUCCCUGGCUUCCUCCAAGGCGCGGCAUCCUGCUGGAUCCCCAGGGAUCGGAGAUGGUGGGCGGGCAGUGAGAUCGCGUGGGGACAGGAGGCUGCCCCAAGGAGCUCAAGAGACGCAAAUCGCCCUCCUACCCAGUGACCCCUGCUCACUCCUAGUGGCCGGAGGAGCGUUUGCGUCCCCGAGGGCGCGUUUCCUUCGCCAACAGCCGCUUCUGGGCGCUUCAGACCCAUCGGUGCCACUUUUUCUAGUGACAUGGAAUUGCAGAAUUGGAAGGUACCCGCCACGGCAGUCCGGUCCACCCCAUGCAAGGCAGGACUUUCAACAAAAUAAUCUCCGACUGGUUGCCCCCCAACCUCCGUUGAAAAACCUCAAAUGAAUCAUAGAGCUGGAAGGGACCCCAGCGGUCAUCUAGCCCACCCCGCCCCGCAAUGCAGCAGUCACAGCUCAUGAAUCCCCGACAUGGCCUGGCGGGGGACUCUUCAUUCUGCGCGCCAGGCCCACCUCGCGGGGCUCCUCUUUCCCUCCUAUGGGGCGCACAGCCAGCGCUGAUCCUCUCCGCUGGACCCCGGUGAGGCAAGGGCGUGUAUGGGGUGUGUGCCUCUCUAAGGUGGGGCGGGCCCCUUGCACCCUGAGAGGAGGUGGCAUCUGCAGCAGAACAGGAUCCGAAGGGAGGAGCCGCGGAAAGGGACCAGGAGAGCCGGAAAGCCGCCAGGCAGGACAGCUGAGCGCGCUCCGGAAGGAGCCUUCGCGAUUAGGAGUCAUCAGCAGCCUCCAUCUCCUCCAUGAAUUUGUCUCCAUGUUGGUGGCCAUCCCUGUCUCCUGUGGGAUGGAGUUCCGCAGCUCCCCUCUGCGCUGCUUUGUGAAGAAGGCCUUGGAUGCGUCUCUUCCGACGUUCCUGGGACGUGACUCCGCCGUUUCUCCGAGAGGGAAACUUCCAGUCCCUGCGCACCGCCUUAAACGCCUGUAUCAACGCGCACCCCCUUUUUCUAAAUGGAAAAGCCCCCAAUACUGCAACUUAUUCAUAAGUGAGCCACUGCUGCAGCCACUUGAGUUAUUCGUUUUAGUUCUUUUUUUGUACUGAACUUUUCCAGCCCUGCCUGCAAUCCCGUUUCUUGAUAGGAACGUGUGAAGCUGCUCUAGACUGAAUCAGAUCCGUGGCCCUGCAGGUCCCAGGCCUCACCUGGACUUCUCUGCCCGUGUGAAGAUUUGAACCGGUUUGCCUCUGCCAGUGGCUGCGAGUCCUGCUUUUCAGAGGGUUGGACUGCAUGACCCUCGGAGGUCCCUUCGGUCUCUAAAAUUCUAGGAUUCUACGGGGCGGCGAGGGAACGGCCUCGUGGCAGGAUUCCCAGGGGCAGCAGAUCCCAAGGCUGAUCUUUAUUCACCCCUGGGGCGUCAUUUCGGGGUUCGCCUCAGGAGCCAACGUGUCUUGGGCCAGCCCUGCCCUUUCUGGAUCCCCAAAAUUGGCCGCACUGCCUCCCCAGCGGGCCCACAGCACCGCUUGCUUGUCUCGUGCCUUCUUGAGAAGGCUUUUCCAAACCGAACUGUAGAGUGGGGGGGGCUCUUUCCUAUUUUAACCUCCUCUAAUUGAGGGGCGCGUUGUCUCUGGGCGUGGGGUGGUCUUGCCCACCUUUUUAUUAGCCACGCCCACCACUUACGUGCCAUCCGGGAGGUAGGGGGGCGUUUUCUCAGAGGAAAGCCCCACCCGUCGACCACAUUAACUGCCACCGGCUCUCGAGGGCGACAGACAGGAGCCUUUCCCCGCGCGGUUUGAAGGGCGGGCGGGGUACACGGUUCUUCCCUGCAUAAUCCUCUUUUAAUUCCCACAAAACCCCUGUGAGGUAGGUUAGGCUGAGAGACAGCGACUGCCAGCCCCCCCACACAGGGAGCUUCAUGGCCGACAGGGUUGUUUUGAACCCUGGUUUCCCCUGUCCUACUCUAACCACUACCCCAUACUGCCUCUCGACGGCUCCUCUCAGGGCCGUGGGGUGCUGGGCUUUGCGCACGGUCAAGAGAGGAGCCGCGGGGCAGGGUCUGGGCAAGGCAUUCUGGUCCCCUCGCUUCUCUCAAAAACCCUGGAAGCGGAGCCAGGACCAGGCAGGACGCCUGAAGAAGCACAGACGUCGCCAGCCGCCCGUGGUCCCUUCAGAGCCACAUCUUGCCCAACCCACGCGUGUGGCUAGUCGUGGCCGUUUGAAACAGGUGGCUGUGAAAGGCCAAAGAACGACCUGGUGGAGGGUCCCAGGCUCAACGCCUGGCAUGCAGCCUUUCUCAGCCUUAGGCCGCAGUAUUGUAGAAUUGGAAGGGAACCCCAGGGGUCAUCCAGUCCAUCCCCCUGCAAUGCAGGAAUCUCAGCUGAAGCAUCCAUCCCAGAUUACCACUCAAUCUCUGUUUAGAAACCUCCAAGGAAGGAGAGUCCUGAACCACAGAUGCCCCAGAGGGGGGGAGUUGGACUACAACUCCCAUCAUCCCUAGCUGGCAGAGAUCAUGGGAGUUGUAGUCCAACAACAUCAUUUGGGAUCUCAGGUUGAGAAAGGCUGGUGGCUAGAGGCCCUGUAUGGCUCCGGCCCAAGACGGUAUUCCCUCAUAGGAACCUGCCCAGGUGCUCAGGUGAGGGGUGUGAGGAAGCCCUUCUCUCAGUCUUGGGACUCUCAUGGGGGGACGUGGGAGGGAGCCUUCUCAGGGGCAACUUUGGAACUCCCAGCCUAGGGAAGCCAGACUGGUCCCUCCUUGUGCUUCUGCUGGCAGCCCUGCCCUUUUUGUUCCAACAAGCUUUUGGGAGCUGACUGCUUUUGAGAUCUAUCUAUCUAUCUAGCUAGCUAGCUGUGUGUUUAAUUUUUUUUCAAUGAUUAUUUUCCCCCUAUGUUUUAGCUGUUGUUCUUUUUAUCUGUAAACUGCCUUGUCAGGGAGAAAUAGAAUAAAUAGAAUAAUAACAAUAACCAUAAUAGGGUUGGAAGAGAAAUCCUGGAGGGUGGUUGCUGCCAGCCAGUGUAGACAAUAUUGAGCUAGACGGAGCAAUGGUCUGGUUCAGCGAAAGGCAAUUUCCUCUGCUCUUAUGUCCACUCUUCUCUCUCUCUCCCCGCCCCAACUGCCCCACAAGCUCAGCCAAGGCAGCUUGCCAAUUUCCCGUGACCACUAGAGGCUGCCCUCAUGCGGGGGUCUAUCAUGGAACGGGGGCUGCUGUGCAAUGCCCAGCUCUGGGUGGCAGCUGCAUGAGUUUAUUCAUUUCAGAUGCUUUCAUGCGAAGAGACAGAAGUAGGGUUGCAAAGACCAGUCGCCUCCCCAGCUGGGAGUGGUGGGAGCAAUGGGGCAGUUGUCACCUGACUCAGGAACUGCUGCCCCUGGCCUGUCACAGAGUCGGGGAAUCAUAGAAUCAUAGAAUCAUAGAAUCAUAGAAUCAUAGAGUUGGAAGAGACCACAAGGGCCAUCGAGUCCAACCCCCUGCCAAGCAGGAAACACCAUCAGAGCACUCCUGACAUAUGGUUGUCAAGCCUCUGCUUAAAGACCUCCAAAGAAGGAGACUCCACCACACUCCUUGGCAGCAAAUUCCACUGUCGAACAGCUCUUACUGUCAGGAAGUUCUUCCUAAUGUUUAGGUGGAAUCUUCUUUCUUGUAGUUUGGAUCCAUUGCUCCGUGUCCGCUUCUCUGGAGCAGCAGAAAACAACCUUUCUCCCUCCUCUAUGUGACAUCCUUUUAUAUAUUUGAACAUGGCUAUCAUAUCACCCCUUAACCUCCUCUUCUCCAGGCUAAACAUGCCCAGCUCUCCUAGCCGUUCCUCAUAAGGCAUCGUUUCCAGGCCUUUGACCAUUUUGGUUGCCCUCCUCUGGACACGUUCCAGUUUGUCAAUGUCCUUCUUGAAGUGUGGUGCCCAGAACUGGACACAGUACUCCAGGUGAGGUCUGACCAGAGCAGAAUACAGUGGCACUAUUACUUCCCUUGAUCUAGAUGCUAUACUCCUCUUGAUGCAGCCCAGAAUUGCAUUGGCUUUUUUAGCUGCCGCGUCACACUGUUGGCUCAUGUCAAGUUUGUGGUCAACCAAGACUCCUAGAUCCUUUUCACAUGUACUGCUCUCAAGCCAGGUGUCCCCCAUCUUGUAUUUGUGCCUCUCAUUUUUUUUGCCCAAGUGCAAUACUUUACAUUUCUCCCUGUUAAAAUUCAUCUUGUUUGUUUUGGCCCAGUUCUCUAAUCUGUCAAGGUCGUUUUGAAGUGUGAUCCUGUCCUCAUAGGGACACCAAGAGUAAUUUCAUAGGGACACCAAUCAUAGGGACACCAAGAGUAAUUUAGUCCUGAUACUGCCUCUUCUGAACUGAAACACCCCUCCUUUGCUUUUUAUUGUGGGAGGUGGUGAUGGGCCUGGGACAUGAUUUUAAGAAUGAGAGUGCCUCUGAGCAUAUGCAGAUUGCCCUUCUCUCACUGACUUGCUUUCCUGUGUUAUGCAGUUUAGCUGUGACCACCUGGGAUGGGGCCCCAUCCUGCCUAGAGCAGGCAGGCAUCACCCUCAGGCAAAUAGUCCCGCUGGAUCCACCCCACCCACAGGUGCCUCUGGCAGCCUGCCUUCACUGUGGCCCCUCCCCAAGAACUGGCACCCAGGGGUCUGCUACCCCUGAACAAGGUUUUUUCGGGGGGGGGGGGUCUAUAGAACCAUGGAAAUUAUUUAUUUGACCUUAUUAGUCACUUUUUAAAUGAAAAGUAACUCAGUGAGAUUUACAUAUAAACAAACAAACCCACAGACACUGAAACCAUCUAAAAGUAAAACAGCGAGUGGCCAAGCUGAAAAUAGCAUUUAUUUAUAUAUAAAAAGCAGGAUUAAAACAUCCCACCCACUGAAAGCAGCCACAGAUGAUUAAAGAACAAAGACCCGGGGAAAAAUAACUCUUGCUCCUCCUCCAUGUAUUUUCUCAUCCCCCUUUAAAGCCGCCGGUCCAUCUUGUGGUAGUGAGUUCCGCAGAUUAAGGCUCCUCUAACUUCCUCCAGGCUGAGGGUGGGCCAAUGGCUCUCAGGCAACGGGCAGGGGCUGCCUUAGAUGUGAGGUCUCCCGCAGCCAAGCUAUUUGCCAGGCGGGGGCUGCGUGGGGGUGAGAGGCAGGAGGGGGCCUCCAGAGACAGCCCAGCUUUUCCAGUCCCAGCUCUGUGCCAUGCGAAGGGGCGACGGUGGCAGGGGGCUCUGCCUUGUGGAAGUCUGGAGGAUUCUCCUCCCUCUCUUGGCACCGCCUAAGCCCUUGCGGACCCUCCUCAGCCCACCACUGGUGUGGACGAAGGUGCUCUGCCCAGAGUUAGGCCAUCGGCAGACACUGGCUGGCAGCAACGGCUCACCCAAACGUCCUUCAGGCUGUUUGUCACCUGAUUGCAGGCGUCGGAGGUAGACUGCAUCUGAAUGAGGAGGUUUCAUUCUGGGCAGGCAAUGCUCUUGCCCACUGGUGGGCUUCUCCUGCUGCAGUUGGGUUAGAGCCGGGGGGGGGGUGUCUGUGAGGGGAACCCCCACAUUCUUUGCUGGCCAGGACUGGGGCAAGGUGGGGUGAGUUUAAUGACGUGGAGCAUUUGACUUGCAGCCUGCUUGUGUUUGUGUGUGUGGAGGGGGCCCAGGAGUCAUCUAGUCCAGCCCCCACUUUGUGGUUUGGCUUCCUACCUGCAGAGUGCUUUUGAGCCUUCCUUCUCUGGAGGUUUAUAAGCAGAGGCCGAAUGGCCACCUGUCAUGGAUGCUUGAGCUGAGAUUCCUGCCUUGCAGAGGGCUGGACUGGAUGACCUUUGGGGGUCCCUUCCCACUCUACGAUUCUCCUAUCAGGGUUCGCACACAAGAGUGAUUCCCAGCAGCUAGUAUUUGGGAGCUUUGCUGCCUCCAUCCCACAGCCACUGGAACUCGAAGCCUCCCAUAGCCCUGUCCUAUCGAAGCACAUUCAAAAUACCCACCUGUUCCACACUUGGAAUCAUAGGAGGGGAUCCCAAGGGUCAUCCAGCUCAACCCCCCGCAAUGCAGGACUUCUGGGCACUGCAGUUUACCACGCACAGAAUGAGUUUCCAGAAACCCUGAACUAGCUUAGAGCACCCAGAAUUCUUCGGGGUGGCAGAGGAAAAAUGCGCCUUCGAGGCGUGCGGUGCACCCAGCUCGAGCCCCGCUUCCGCUGGCUUCGUUCCGGGGCGGGCAGCGUGUCGUGCCGCGACCCCCAUCCCCUGUCCCUUCUCGCGGUGGCUGUGAAGGAGCGCCGGGGCAGGGCUGGGCACGGCUGCUGCGUUCUGCAGCUGUAGAAUUGCAGAGUUGGGCGGGAUCCGGGGGUCAUCCAUUCCAGCCCCGCGCAAUGCAGGAAUCGCAACUCGAUCCCGCGCAGGUGGGCUGGUGGGGCAGGGUGGGCGCGCCCGCCGGGUUCCCUUCGCCCCCCUCACGUCUCCCCUCUGCCUGUCUGUUUUCUCUGAGCAGAAGUGAAGGCCUACAGUUCCGACGAGGAGAAGCUGGACGGGCGGCCUGGCGAGGCGGCGGGCGGCAGCGAGCGCGAAGAGGAGGAGAGCUCGGCCGAGAGCGAAGAGGAGCCCUUCCUGGACGGGGCGGGCGGCGGCGGCGGCGGCAGUGCUCUGGGCGCCGGGCCCAAGGCCAAGGCCAAGCGGGUCCCCGGCGAGCCGGCGUCGUCGUCCUCGGGCUCUGCGCCCUCGUCGUCGGGGCCGGGCAAGAGCCGCCGUCGGCGCACGGCCUUCACCAGCGAGCAGCUGCUGGAGCUGGAGAAGGAGUUCCACUGCAAGAAGUACCUGUCGCUGACGGAGCGCUCGCAGAUCGCGCACGCGCUCAAGCUCAGCGAGGUGCAGGUCAAGAUCUGGUUCCAGAACCGGCGCGCCAAGUGGAAGCGCAUCAAGGCCGGCAACGUCAGCGGCCGCUCCGGGGAGCCCGUCAGGAACCCCAAGAUCGUCGUGCCCAUCCCCGUCCACGUCAACCGCUUCGCCGUGCGCAGCCAGCACCAGCAGCUGGAGCAGGGACAGCACCCCUGAGCCCCCCCCCGCCCCAUGGACGGACUGCGCGGACGGGGAGGCGGGCGCCCCCGGCCGCCCCCGACCCUCUCCCCGCCCCCCGCACGCGCCCUUGUACCAUAGCCCUUAUUUAUUCGGUGUAA